AUGGCCAUCCUGCUCUUUCUGGUUCUGUUGAAAGUCGUCCCAGCCAACUUUCUGUGCUAUUUUAAAUCUUUGUUGUAUUGUUUUCCAGGUCUGGACUUUGUUCAGGGGCGCAUUGUUGGUGGAUAUACCCCCUCGCCAAAUUCGAUCAAAUACAUAGUGUCGUUACAGAGCUCAAAAGGACAGCACUUCUGUGGAGGAUCUCUGGUCCAUAAGUACUGGGUGCUUACAGCCGCACAUUGCAAUAUUGGGAAGGAUCAGAUGAUGGUGGUGGCUGGAGACUAUACUCUGGGUGUUUAUGAGGGGACAGAGCAGUACUCCAAGCCUCGGUCGCUCAUCCUGCACCCUCUGUACAACAGGAGCACCAAUAAUGCAGAUAUUAUGCUCAUAAAGCUUAGUGCGCCUAUAGAGCUGAACAGGUACGUGUCGCUCGCCCCACUCCCCAAACAGAACACAGGGCUGUUGGCGGGCAGGAUGUGCCGGGUGUCUGGAUGGGGCUCCACCAGCCACAGUGGAGGUCUGAACCCUCUCACCCUGCGUACGGUCAAACUCCCCAUCGUCUCCAACUCCAAGUGCAACAGCAGUGACUCCUUCAGUGGAAACAUCACAACAAACAUGAUCUGCGCGGGGUCCAGAAUGGGAGGAAAAGAUGCGUGUAAGGGGGACUCCGGAGGGCCGCUGGUGUGUGAUGGACGUGUCUACGGCCUGGUCUCUUGGGGAAAUGGCUGUGGAGAUCCAAGGUUUCCAGGGGUGUAUACGGCCGUGUCCCGGUUCCGCCGGUGGAUUGACCAGACCAUAUACAGCCCAUACUCACGGUGCCUUAAGUCAGCUGGUCUUUUCAGCAGGGAAGACUAGACUUCCGUGUAUUUGCAUUCAUGCAAUGUGAAAACAAUAUUCUUUAAUUAUAGGCACCUUUAUCCCUGUCGACUUUUUGAAAAUAAAGUCUCCUAAAACAUGCAUCACAUUCUCACUAUAGGUUAAUCUGUUCCACAAUUUUUUGUCAUAAACAUUUCCUCUAUAUCUGAAAUUAGUGUUUUUACAGCUUUCUGGAAAUUAUAUUUUAACUUUUUUUUUUUUUUAGAAUAUUGUCUUGCUAAAACUAAAUUCUAGCAUUCAUGUAUCCUUAAUACCUAUAUAGUUUUUGCAUAAUUUGACAAAAUAACAGCUUGCUUGGAAAUGAUGAACAAUAGAUGCACACAGUUUAUAAAUUUUAAUUAUCUUGGAUUUUCAUUCUUUAUUAGAGAAAGAAUUGUUAAUUGCAGUGGUAAUGCUGGAACUGCAUUAAUUUUUAUUGAAAAAUAUUUAUAAUUAAUUUACACACACAAUAUAUAUAUACAGUACA